CCAGCCUUCCACUCGUCUGUCUGCCUGUCCCGUCCCACCCCCUGCAGCCAGCCUUCCACUCGUCUGUCUGUCUGUCACCAUACAUACUCUGCUCUGCCUGGUACUGCAGGCCCUCACGGAUUGAGCAUCCUCUCCCUGCUCCAGCCCCUUCCCCUGGCAUGACAGCUGGUUCCGUCCAGGCCUUGCCCUGCCCUGUGCACAUGGACCUGUGGCGUGUUCCCGCCAGCCGAGAGAAGGGAUGGUAUUUAGCUCUCAUAGCUCCGAAUGUCAAGGGCCCCAGUUAUCCUUGGCUUGACCCCUCCAGGCUGUACUGUCACCAGCAGGGCCUGCAGGACUGCAUUGCGGACCUGCUCCAGCCCUUCUGCGAAGACCCCAUUGACCUGGUCGCUGGAAUCGACGCCAUGGGCUUCAUCCUAGGUGCUGCCAUGGCCAACACCCUGCAGAAAGGCUUCCUGGCCAUCCGCAAAGCUGGGCACCUCUGUGUGGAGACCUGUACGCAGCCCUACACUGACUACUCAGCCCGCCAGAAGCUGCUGGAGAUGAGAACAGAUGCCAUCCAGCCAGGUCUGCGUGUCUUACUGGUGGAUCAGUGGAUUGAAACGGGGGGCACCAUGUGCGCUGCCAUCCAGCUGGUGGAGCAGCAAGGGGGAGUGAUCGCAGGCAUUGCUGCCAUCUGCAUCGAGGACAGCGAGGGUGGCAAGUGGAUCCAGGAGCAUUACAAGUGUUCGCAGUGUGUCCCCCAGCACCUGAUGCCCCAAUUCAACAGGCACCAGUUGGAGUCCUUCCAGGCCUUUGGGGCCACGCCUGGCCAGGCCUAAUUAAUGGGAUCU